CGAAACACUCGCGUGGCUCAUUUGACCGACUUGUCUCCUCUUGUCCACUAUCAUCACCCUUUGCCCCUUCAUCGCGGCCAGCCAUGGCUGCAGAAGGCGAAAAUGGCCGCUUACUACCGCAUCACAGUGAUCGACCAUCAUACCAGAGUAUACCGAUCGGCCAGCCACGCCGACCUUCAGACGCAUCGGACUCGUCCUUUUCCACAUCGUCUACCUCUUCAUCCACGCUGCCUUCCUACUCCUGGCUCAUCCUCUCUCAUGCACUGGGCAUCGUUCCGACUUUGCUUUUCCUUGCAGCAUUCACGGCCGCAGCACUAAAGCAGCCAUGCCGGCUGCCGAAGCCGACGAAAUGCGGCGGCGAGCAGCAUCUCAACGAGGACAAGGCUGCGCAGCAUUGCUCCCAGCUGCUCGGCCCGGCGUCAAUGCUCAGCUGGUCCCUCUUUCUCCUCUCAGUAGCAGCAUUCACUGCAGCGCACAAAGUACGCAAUCUGAUCUCGCGGCUGUGCACCCUUGCUCUGCGGCUGGGGCGAGCCUGCUCCCUCGCAUCAAUGCGCUCCUCUUCACCCUCGCCGAGAGCGUCCCUCACGCCGCGAGUGCCAGACGAGACGUCCCGCUACGAUUUGCUGGCAAAGAACGAGGACGACACAGCUGCAACGAUCUUCAGCUUCGUCUCACGCGCCCUCUUUACUGAAGGAUUCAAGAUUCUCCUCAUCGUAGUCGCGUCCGCCGUCGUUCUCGCAAAGACUCUCGUCGAUGUGGCAGGCGACCAAGACGUAGCUUCUUCUCUGCCGGCAUCUACCCUGCGCCAUCACUCGAAACAACAACGCCAUGUCCCGCGCUUUACACAGCUCGAAGCCCAAGAUGGGCGUUUUCGUAUCGCAGUCUGGCUCGCGCUAGGCUGGGCAACCGCUGAGCUGCUCAGUGGGACGGUCCAGCUCUUCAGACAGUUGAGCAUGUACAGCCCAACCCUGCUGGAUGAAGCGGGUGAGGCGUUCCUGCUCGGUGGUCAUGGGGAGGGGGGUAUUAUCGAGGAAGAAGAUGAGGACGACCUGGACGUAGUGGGAGGAGUCGAUCUGCCACACAGCUUGACGCAGGGCAAGGCAGCACAGCAAGAGGGAGAAGCUCCCUCGGAGCAGGGAUCCAUCUAUCGUGGGCAGAAUCCAGGAGCAGCAGCCCUCUCCUCCGCAAGGCAGACGCUGCAGUCACAGCGACCACGCUCCUCAUCCUCGUCGUCCUCCGCAGCGUCGCACACGCCUCCGCAACUAGACGCGACCGCCAUCCGCCGGCUUGAGUCGCAGAUCGACCGCCUCAUUGCGGCACGCACGCGCGUCAAGCUGGAGCGUACAUUGGGAGCAUCACUGCCCGACCUUCCCGUAGCCAUCUCCGCUGUCUGGCAACUCGACUCGGCGCUAUGGAGCACGGGAAGCGUUCUGCUCCUCUCGGCUGCGGUCGCACUCGGGCAAGGGGUGACGCUCUUUGGCUCUGGGAGGCAUCGAGACGAGGAAGCAAGAGAAGGUCACCCGCGCCUCUUCCCCGCUGCGGCGGACUUAUGGAUCACCUUUACCGUCCUCGCAGCUCUGUACGCAGUCUUCCACUCGGUCUGGCGAUUGGCCCUCGCUUCGUGGUGGGUCACGUACCCUUCCCUGCUUGUGGGGUUGGGGAUGGUGGUUGCGGGUUUGGCUAGGUGGGGAUUGGUGGUGUAAGAAGAUCUGCUGCAUCGAUUGAUACCCGGAACCGCUGAUUGCGAGACUCGCAAUACUUUUAGUGAGGCGAAGAGCAGUGAGGAAUGGCAUCAACAUUGUUCUCGUAAUCUCGCAAGAUAUACAGGUAUGUCAUGCCAAUCAAGCCGGCAUUGCACCCGAUCAGCGCCUCCCUCACGGCGAGCAGUACACGCACAGAUCGACGUUAGGAUCAAUCGAGAAGAUAGCCUCAGUUCGAGCUUUCACCCUACUGUCCUGCAGCCAAAAGCCGGUCAGCUUUCUGUUCUUUGCACCGGAGGGAUCAAAAGUCUUGACGUCCCUUGUACGAGCGCACAGGGU